GAGCUGCAGUUGAGCGAUCACAGUCAUUGAAUCGCCUCAAUUGUCGCAGCGAUGAAGUGGUUUUCGAUUUUGGUUCCGCUACUGGCGCUCAUUUCCCUCGUCGAAUUUGGAUAUGCCCGAACAAUACCCAGGAUUACCAUUCGAAAUGGCGACAUUAUAGUUCAUGGAAACUGCUAUGGCUGCACAGCACGCGCCACCAAAAACUCGGCGCAUUUGUCAAUCAAAUUUACUCGAAGAUGGUAAAUGUUGCAUGAGUCACAUCUAAAGUUACCUCAAACUUGCCAUAAUAAUUAAAAAAAAUAUAUAUAUAA